AUGGUGGACCCGCUGAAAAUAUUUUGGGUUUUAACAAAUAGCACUUACUUGGUGACUAAAUUCAUCCGCAUUGGGAUCGCCGACAAGAAUGACAACCCACCGUAUUUCGACAAGGAGCUUUAUGAGGCGGAGGUCGACGAAAAUGAGGACAUUCAACACACUGUCCUCACAGUCACCGCCAAAGAUCACGAUGAAUCGUCGCGUAUUCGAUACGAGAUCACGAGCGGGAACAUAGGCGGCGCGUUCGCCGUCAAGAACAUGACAGGCGCCAUCUACGUGGCGGGCGCGCUUGACUACGAGACUCGGAAACGGUAUGAGCUGAAAUUAGCCGCGUCGGACAACUUGAAGGAAAACUACACUACCGUGGUCAUCCAUGUGAAGGAUGUCAAUGACAAUCCUCCCGUAUUCGAGCGACCAACGUAUCGCACUCAAAUCACUGAAGAAGAUGACCGCAACCUACCCAAACGCGUGCUACAGGUCACAGCUACCGACGGUGACAAAGAUAGACAGCAAAACAUCGUUUAUUUCCUGACUGGUCAGGGUAUCGAUCCAGACAAUCCUGCAAACAGCAAAUUCGACAUCAAUCGUACAACAGGCGAAAUAUUUGUACUUAAACCUUUGGAUAGAGACCAACCCAAUGGAAGGCCACAAUGGAGAUUCACAGUGUUUGCUCAGGACGAAGGCGGCGAGGGUCUUGUAGGAUAUGCUGAUGUUCAAGUUAACCUUAAAGAUAUUAAUGAUAAUGCACCCAUUUUCCCCCAAGGAGUAUAUUUUGGAAAUGUAACAGAAAAUGGUACAGCUGGUAUGGUCGUUAUGACAAUGACAGCCAUUGAUUAUGAUGAUCCAGCCGAGAGCAACAACGCAAAAUUAUGGUAUUCUAUUGAGAAAAAUGUAAUUGAAGAAGAAACAGGUUCACCUAUAUUUGAAAUCGAACCCGAAACUGGAGUUAUAAAAACAGCAGUAUGCUGUCUAGACCGUGAAAGAACACCAGAUUAUUCUAUACAAAUAGUUGCAUCCGAUGGAGGAGGGUUAAAGGGGACAGGAACAGCUUCUAUAAGAGUAAAAGAUAUAAACGAUAUGCCACCACAAUUCACCAAAGACGAGUGGUUUACUGAAGUUGAUGAAACGGAUGGAACAAAUUUACCUGAAAUGCCUAUUUUAACAGUGACUGUCCAUGAUGAGGAUGAAACCAAUAAAUUUCAAUAUAAAGUUAUUGAAAAUAGUGGAUACGGUGCUGAUAAAUUUACAAUGGUCAGAAAUAAUGACGGCACAGGUUCUUUAAAAAUUGUACAACCGUUAGACUAUGAAGAUCAAUUACAGAGUAAUGGUUUCAGAUUUAGAAUACAAGUUAACGAUAAAGGAGAAGAUAAUGACAACGAUAAAUAUCACGUAGCCUAUUCUUGGGUAGUAGUUAAAUUAAGAGAUAUUAAUGACAAUAAACCUCAAUUUGAGAGAGCUAACAUAGAAGUAUCAGUUUAUGAAAAUGCAGAAGUCGGCAAAAGUUUAGAAACUUUCAAAGCUACUGAUCCAGAUCAGGGUGGAAAAAGUAAAGUAUCAUACGCAAUCGAUCGAUCAUCAGACAGAAAACGUCAGUUUUCAAUUAAUCAAGAAGGUACUGUCAGUAUUCAGAGAUCUUUAGACAGAGAAGACACACCAAGACAUCAAGUAAAAAUAUUAGCUAUUGAUGACGGAGUUCCGCCAAGAACAGCUACGGCUACUUUAACAGUAAUCGUACAAGAUAUAAAUGACAAUGCUCCCACUUUCUUAAAAGAUUACAGGCCUGUCCUGACAGAGCACAUAACCCCUAAAAAGGUGGCAGAAAUAUUAGCUACAGAUGAUGACGACCGUUCUAAAAGUAAUGGUCCUCCUUUCCAAUUUCGACUAGACCCAGGUGCUGAUGAUAUCAUUAGAGCUUCGUUUAAAGUAGAACAAGAUCAAAAAGGUGCUAAUGGAGAUGGAAUGGCUAUAGUGUCAUCUUUACGAUCCUUUGAUAGAGAACAGCAGAAAGAGUAUCUUAUUCCUAUUAUCAUCAAAGAUCACGGUAAUCCUGCUAUGACUGGAACAAGCACCUUAACUGUUGUCAUUGGAGAUGUUAAUGACAAUAAAAUGCAGCCAGGUUCUAAGGAAAUUCUUGUAUAUAGCUAUCAAGGUCAAGCACCUGAUACUGAAAUUGGUCGAGUUUAUGUAUAUGAUCUAGAUGACUGGGAUUUACCGGACAAAAAGUUUUUCUGGGAAAGUUCAGAACAUCCAAACUUUACUCUAAAUGAAGAAACUGGGAUGAUACAAAUGAGACAUAAAACUAGAGAGGGCAGAUACCACCUUAAGUUCAAAGUGUAUGAUCGCAAACAUACCCAAACAGACGUUCCCGCUAAUGUAACCGUGUAUGUCAAAGAGAUAUCACAUGAAGCAAUUAUAAAUUCUGGAUCAAUUCGGAUAUCUGGAAUAUCAGAUGAAGACUUUAUAAGAGUUUGGAAUUAUAAAACUCUCAGUGUAUCCAGAAGCAAAUUGGACAUAUUCAAGGACAAACUGGCUGAUUUAUUAAAUACUGAGCGUGAAAAUAUUGAUGUGUUCAGUGUACAGCUCAGAAAGAAACAUCCUCCUGUGACAGACAUUCGAUUUUCUGCACAUGGCGCACAUUACUAUAAACCUAUACGAUUAAACGGUAUCGUUCUCAUGCACAGAGAAGAAAUAGAAAGGACUGUAGGAAUUAAUAUUACUAUGGUGGGUAUAGAUGAAUGUUUAUAUGAAAAUCAAAUGUGUGAAGGAUCUUGUACAAAUGUUUUGGAUAUCAGUAACCUGCCCUACAUGGUUAAUGCAAAUAAGACUGCCCUUGUUGGCGUUCGAGUAGAUGUUAUUGCGGAGUGCACAUGUGGAGCCCGUAACUUUACUCAAGCAGAGACAUGUCGUAAUUCGCCGUGCUAUAAUGGAGGAAGAUGCAUAGAAGGCAAAUACGGCUUAACAUGCUCUUGUCCCCCCGGAUACACAGGGCCAAGAUGCCAACAGACCUCUAGGAGCUUUAGGGGUACAGGAUGGGCUUGGUAUCCUGCAUUGGAAAUGUGUGACAGUUCUCACUUAAGUUUUGAAUUUAUUACAAGGAAAUCAGAAGGUGUAUUACUAUAUAAUGGGCCGAUAGUACCACCUGAGCCAGAAGAAAUAAUGGUAUCAGAUUUUAUAUCUGUCGAACUGGAGAGAGGUAAUCCUCGACUUCUCAUAGAUUUUGGUUCUGGUACUCUAGAGCUAAGAGUGAAAACGAAAAAAUCCUUAGAUGACGGUGAGUGGCAUCGUAUAGACAUAUUCUGGGAUACGGAAAAUGUUAGGAUGAUAGUUGAUUAUUGUAAAUCUGCUGAUAUUCAAGAGAUGGAAGACGGUACUCCCCCAGAGUUUGAUGAUUCAACCUGUCAAGCCAGUGGAACUAUCCCACCAUUUAAUGAAUACUUAAAUGUAAAUGCACCAUUACAAAUUGGCGGUCUCUAUAUUGAGCAUUUUGACCCAACUCAUUACCAUUGGCAAUACAUGCCGAUUGGUAAAGGAUUCGAUGGAUGUAUAAGAAAUUUGAUUCACAACAGCAAACUAUAUGAUUUAGCUCACCCAGGUUUGUCUAGAAAUUCCGUAGCUGGGUGCCCACAGACCGACGAAAUCUGCAAUCAAGCUGACACGACGUCCAGAUGUUGGGAGCAUGGUACUUGUGUAGGUAGCUUCUCAGAAGCGAGAUGCCAAUGUCAACCCGGCUGGACAGGGCCUUCAUGUAAUUUACCAACUACACCUACCAGUUUUCGGCCACAGAGCUAUGUUAAGUUUGCCCUAAGUUUCGAACCAGACAGGUUUAGUACUCAAAUUCAACUACGAUUUAGAACACGCGAACCUCAUGGCGAACUUUUUAGGGUGAGUGAUCAGCACAACCGAGAAUAUGGCAUACUCGAAGUGAAAGAGUCUCGACUACAUUUCCGAUAUAACCUUAAUUCACUACGUACGGAGGAACGCGACGUUUGGCUUAAUUCAGUCGCUGUAGACGAUGGACAAUGGCACAUAGCUCGUGUAAGUCGAUACGGUAGCGCCGCGAUGCUUGAAAUCGAUGGUGGUGAAGGAAGACGGUACAAUGAAACUUUCAGUUUCGAGGGACAUCAGUGGUUACUGGUCGAUAAACAGGAAGGUGUCUACGCCGGUGGUAAGGCGGAAUAUACGGGUGUGAGAACCUUUGAAGUAUACGCAGACUUCCAAAAAGGAUGUUUAGAUGAUAUUAGAUUAGAAGGCAAACAUUUACCGCUACCGCCAGCAAUGAAUGGGACACAAUGGGGACAAGCCACAAUGGCUAGGAACUUAGAUCGGAAUUGUCCUUCAAAUAGUCCGUGCAUCAACGUCCACUGUACAGAGCCGUUUGUCUGCGUUGAUUUGUGGAAUGAAUAUGAAUGCACUUGCGGUGAGGGUUUGGUAUUGUCACCGGACGGCAAGGGAUGCGUAGACAAGAACGAAUGUCUCUACUUCCCGUGCCGCAAUGGCGGCUCGUGCGUGAACCGCGAGCCUGGCUACCGCUGCCACUGUCCCGAAGGGUUCUGGGGCGAAAACUGCGAACUCGUGCAGGAAGGCCGCACGCUCAAGCUCAGCAUGGGCGCGCUCGCGGCCAUCCUCGUGUGCCUCCUCAUUAUUAUGAUGCGCGCAUUUGGCGAUGAAGACGGUGAGGUAAAGCGCACGAUGUGUAGGUGUCCUGGAGGAUCGGUGCGCGGGGGUGGCACAUGUGUCAACGUGAACGAGUGCAUCGACAACCCGUGCCUGAAUGGCGGCACGUGUGUGGACAGGGAGCCGGCGCGCCGGUACGACUGUGUGUGUGCCUUCGGCUACACUGGACACGACUGUGAACUAGAACUUCUCGCAUCUGGCAUCAUCACACCCUCCAGGGACUUCAUUAUAGCUAUCAUUGUUUGUUUGUUCAUGCUUUUAGUCCUGGUGUUAGUGUUCGUGGUGUACAACCGCCGUCGGGAAGCGCACAUCAAGUAUCCCGGCCCUGACGAUGACGUCCGUGAGAAUAUCAUCAAUUACGACGAUGAAGGCGGUGGUGAGGAUGACAUGACAGCUUUCGAUAUCACCCCACUGCAGAUACCCAUCGGAGGACCUUUACCUGACCAUGCUCCUACGAAGUUACCAUAUCCUCUAAUGGGCGUGGGCCUUGGUGUUGGUCCAAUGGGUGUUGGAGUCGGAGUGCCACCAGGCGUGGGCGUGGGUAUGCCUCUAGCCGGCGAGACUAAUGUAGGCAUGUUUAUCGAAGAGCACAAGCGCCGUGCAGACAGUGAUCCUAAUGCUCCUCCCUUUGACGACCUGCGCAACUACGCGUAUGAGGGUGGUGGCAGCACCGCAGGCUCACUUUCGUCUCUGGCUUCUGGUACCGACGACGAGACGCACGAGUACGACUACCUCGGUGCGUGGGGUCCGCGAUUCAACAAGCUGGCGGACCUAUACGGACCGGAUCUCGACGAACAACUGUAG